AGCUUCAGUUUGAACGUCUGACCAGAGAACUUGAAGCUGAACGUCAGAUUGUUGCCACCCAGCUGGAGAGAUGCAAGCUGGGAUCAGACGCAGGCAGCAUGAGCAGCAUCAGCUCCACAGAUGAACAAUUUCGCUGGAAUGCUCAAGCAGAUGGACAAAAGGACAUCGAGGAUGAGUUAACGACUGGUUUAGAGUUAGUGGAUUCUUGCAUUCGUUCUCUACAGGAAUCAGGAAUUCUUGACAGCGGAGAACGACCGGCUCUUCUUUCCCAGAGUUCCUUGCAGCUCAACUCCACCCCGGAGGCUUCGCUCCAGUACUCUGCCAGCUACCAUAGCAACCAGACCCUCGCCCUUAGCGACAGCAUUUCUGCAGCAACUCCUCAGCGCAGCGGGCAGGUUGGAGGAGCCGUGCACAGCUACAACCAGGUGACAUCUAGUCGUGCAGCCCAGCAGCAACAAUCACAAACUGGAGCAGGAUCAGGAAUUUACUACUCCAGCUCUACUUUACCUGCUCAGCGGGUCAGUUCCCCCCUUUCUGGGGGAGGAGGCUCAGGGUCAGGUUCUCCCAGUAAACACCAGCGUUUGGGAUCAGCCUCCGACACCUCCGGAUAUUCCACCACCCAGCGCCUGCCUUCCUCUUCCCCGUCCUCCUCUCCCAGCAAACAGUCUCCUGCUAACCGACUGGCCAAGUCAUACAGUACUACGGUUGCUGUGACAACAGCAGGAGGUGGGUCACCACUGAGGGUGGCAUCUCCGUCAAAUUCUACGGCAACAGGAGGAGGGAACAGUUCAUCAUCGUCCCCUCUUCACCAGAUGAGUUCUGGCAUAGGGAGCUAUGCCACUUUGUCUCCUAAGCGUCUGGCAGCUCACCACGCUUCUGACCAAUACAAGAUCUCACACGAGCUCUACGCUACUGCUACACUACAGAGGCCUGGCAGUCUGGCAGGCUCUCGUGGCUCCUACAGUAGUCAACACGGUCAAGAAGCUCUUCGGCCCUUAGGGUCCCCCGAGCACCACAUAGAUCCUAUCUAUGAGGAACGUGUCUAUCACAACAAGGGCCCUAUGAGGAGCCUUAGUCAGAGCCAGGGACCAGAUACAGGCCCCUACCGCAACAACACUGAGCUGAUGAUGCAUGUCCAUAGCCACGUCCGUGACCUAAGUUAUGUACUUUGUCCCUACUUUGCCCCCUUAGCACCCUCUUCCCCUGGUGUCGACUCCACCCCUUUGCAGCGAACAGGAAGUCACGGCACAGGCAGCUACAGCCGUGGCGGGACCAACAACUAUGCCACGGUGGGGCCAGGAUACACUUCAAGCGCCGGUGGAGGAGGCGGAGAUGUUUACGGGUCGGACCCUUACGUGGCGGACCCUUACCGCACCCUGCAGUACUGCCCCUCGGUGGUGGAAUCUCCUUACAGCAAGUCCGGGCCAGCCCUACCGCCUGAAGGAAGCCUGCAGCGUUCACCUUCCAUCGACUCCAUUCAGAAAGACCCAAGAGAGUUUGGGUGGAGAGAUCCGGAGCUGCCAGAGGUGAUCCAGAUGUUACAACACCAGUUCCCAUCGGUGCAGUCCAAUGCUGCAGCUUACCUGCAGCAUCUGUGCUUCGGAGACAACAAGAUUAAAGCUGAGAUCCGUAGACAGGGAGGCAUCCAGCUGCUGGUUGAUCUGCUGGAUCACAGGAUGAGUGAAGUCCACCGGAGCGCUUGUGGAGCUUUAAGGAAUCUGGUAUAUGGCAAAGCCAAUGAUGAGAACAAAGUGACCCUGAAGAACUGUGGGGGGAUUCCUGCUUUGGUCCGUCUUCUUAGGAAGACUGGGGAUGUGGAAAUCAGAGAGCUUGUAACAGGUGUGCUGUGGAACCUGUCAUCGUGCGACGCCCUGAAGAUGCCGAUUAUCCAAGAUGCACUUGCAGUUCUGACCAACAGCGUCAUCAUCCCGCACUCCAACUGGGACUCAUCUCCUGGUCACCUCGAUGACCGCAAACUCCACCUUCAUACCUCCCAGGUGCUGCGCAAUGCCACAGGCUGUCUCAGAAACGUAAGCUCAGCAGGUGAGGAGGCGCGACGGAGAAUGAGAGAGUGUGACGGCCUUACAGAUGCUCUACUCUACGUUAUUCAGAUCUCCUUGGGGAGCAGUGAGAUCGACAGCAAGACUGUAGAGAACUGUGUUUGUAUUCUGAGGAAUCUGUCAUACAGACUGGCUGCUGAGACAUCCCACGGCCAGCAAGGUGGUCUCGAAGAGCUGGAUGGGCUGCUUUGUGAUGCAAAUGGAUGUGAAGGGGAGAGCUCCGGUUGCUGGGGGAAGAAGAAAAAGAAAAAGAAGGGAGCUGAGCAGUGGGAUGGCGUGAGUCCCUUUCCCGACACAGCCGAGCCUCCCAAAGGGGUUCAGAUGUUGUGGCACCCCACCAUUGUCAAGCCAUACCUCACUCUGCUUUCUGAAUGCUCCAAUCCCGACACGCUCGAAGGCGCCGCCGGAGCCCUACAGAACCUCGCUGCAGGCAGCUGGAAGUGGUCAGUGUACAUUCGGGCCGCUGUCCGUAAGGAGAAAGGCCUUCCCAUUCUGGUGGAGCUACUGAGGAUAGACAACGACAAAGUAGUAUGUGCCGUCGCCACAGCUCUCCGAAACAUGGCCCUGGACAUCAGGAACAAGGAGCUUAUAGGAAAGUAUGCCAUGAGAGAUUUGAUCCAUCGGCUACCGGGCAGUAGUAGCAGCAGCAACAAUAACACCACCAGCAUUGGAACGUCGGGCAAUACAGGCACUCCCAGCAAGGCCAUGUCAGACGAUACGGUAACUGCCAUAUGCUGCGCACUACAUGAAGUGAUAACCAAGAACAUGGAGAAUGCAAAAGCUCUACGCGACUCUGGCGGGAUUGAAAAACUCAUCGGCAUCGCCCGCAGCAAAGGAGACAAACACUCAGCAAAAGUGGUAAAAGCGGCCUCUCAAGUCCUCAGCAGUAUGUGGCAGUACAGAGACCUGCGCUCCCUCUACAAAAAGGAUGGUUACUCCCAGCAUCAUUUUGUGGGUUCUGCCUCAACAAUAGAGAGAGACAGACAGAGGCCCUACUCUUCUUCACGAACUCCCUCCGUUUCUCCUGUCAGGACGUCCCCAAAUAACCGCUCCGCAAGCGCUCCUGCCUCCCCCAGAGAGAUGACGAGUCUGAAGGAACGCAAGAUAGACUAUGAUUCCACGGCAACCAACGCUGGUUUCCAUAGCAACAAAGGAGAGCAUACAUCCCGGAAAGACGGCAUGGCAGUUCAAGUGUCCUGCGGGUCGUCCACGUUGUUCCGAAACUCUUACCUGACUGCCAGCGAUGAAAUCAAGCAAAACCAGAGUCCAGCCCCGUCCUGCGUGGUGCCCCCUCAGCCCCAGCAGGACAGCCCGUCAGCAACCAUGCUAAAAGACUACGACCUCUACCCCCCUCCUCCUUCCUUCCCCCAGCCGCAGCCGCCGCAGCCUCCACCUCAUAGCCAGAGUCGGAGCUUCGACGAGGCCUACUACGACGACCCGGGACCGCCGCAGCCGCAGCUGCAGGCGCAGGCGCAGGCCCAGCCUCAGGUCCAACCCCAGCCGCCUCCAAACGCCACCGGACCACCGCGAGACCCCCGGGAGGACCUUCGAAUGCACCUGGGCCUCAAGUCGACUGGCAACUACGUAGACUUCUACUCAGCCUCACGGCCGUACAGCGAACUGAACUACGAGACGAGCCACUACCCGGCUUCACCUGAUUCCUGGGUGUAGUUUGACCGUGACCAUGGGAGGGAGGGGGCAAGAGACGGUCUGUGUGUGCUUGUGUGACAGGGAUUUUUUUUUUUUUUUCAGGAGAUUAGCAGACUAAAACAAGGUUAAUCUAAGUGGCAGUUUGGAAAAGGGGGGGGGGGGGAAAGACCUUAAAAUAUGAUAGGAAAUUUGUGUUUUUAAAAAAAAUUGUUGUGAAUGAAUUUGACGGAGCAAGAAGGGAAAUCAAUCAGUGACAAAGAGAAACUGCAUGUGCAUGCCUACAUUUUUUUUUUUAUUUAUUAUUUUUUCUAGACCACCUUACCUUUUUUAAAGUUAGCUCCAUUUCAUCCCAAAUUGGGUUAAGUGGGAGUUGAUAUGAAGAAGUACAGCGUGUAUAAGAAGUGGGGGGAAAAACGUGGGAGUGUAUGUAAAUGCCUUGAGUGGAGGGAUCAAGAAAUAAUAGGGUGCUGAUGAGGAAAGGCUCUCACUCUGUGGAAGCAGGAAGUGGUCUGACCUUCUAUCACCGUCGAAGAUAAAGAGAGAUGAGACACCGAGAUGGCAUGAGCGUUUUCAAGGAGGUGAGGGAAAAUAAAAGCACAGCGAAAGAUGAAAGCACACCAGCCUCAAGGGAAGAAGUGGAUGUUUACCAUUUCACCAAAGUGACAAACGUAGCACUGCUUUUAUUCAAUACUUUUUUUUUUGUUGCCAAGACCUUGCUGUGUGUAGAGUCUUUGGAAUUUGUUUUCAAAGAAUGUCAUUUCCAAGAGACCGUAGGUCUUUUUUUUUUUUUAUUUUAUUUUACAUUUGUUGUUUUUCUUUCUACUUUUUUAUAUUUACACUUUUGGACACAUUCUUAUUUCCUGCGUACGCCUAAAAAUGGGAUUUAAUGUGUAUAUUACACAUUUUGGAUGGACUGCUCACAAAAAUCCAGAUUUUUAUUUUCCGACUGACUGAAACAACAAGCGAAUUAAAAAAAAAAAAUUUAAAAAAAGCGAAACAUGAACACGGCAAUCAGGAACGACGGGGCUAGCUGUGAGUGGACAAAUGAUUUUUAUUUUUUUUUAUUCCCUCAUUUUAUCCCGGGCCUGAGAGGAAUCCCUGCAAUGUUUGUGAUUUUGCUCACUUCAUCAAUUGCAAUUUCUCAAGUGGACAUAAUCAAACGUCAAGAGCAUCUUAAAGGCUGCAAGAGCAUGGAACUGGCAGAGCAGCGGCACUCGGAGUCCCAAUCAAGAAAAGUGCUUUUUUUUGUUCACUGCCAAAAGAGUAUAUAGUUGUAUGUUUAAAGCACACUCAUGUCUUUGGAAAGGACUGCUGUUUGACUUUGGGUGGGGUGGGUGGGGGGAGGGGUAAUACUUUCGACAGUGUUAAAAUUCAGUAAAUCCUUUGGUAUCAAAACUCGUCCGUUUGGCCAAAUCCACCUGUUUAUGUCAGUGUACAGUAGAAGUAAAGAAAAGGAGACACAUCACAUUGUGCCAAACUUUGACAGAUCAAGGUCCCAGAAGACUUCCCGGGGAGUUUUGUCCAGGUUUACAGACAUUAACUCGGUGGCCGUCUCUUCUGUUUGUAACUUUGGUUUUCUUGUGCUUUAAUCAGGUGAAGCCGUACUUAUUGCUGGGGGAUUUGUGGGCACCUUCUCCCUCCCGUAGUUGUACAGAUCUGCCUCUCCGUUCCGGCCGAGCAUGUGUGGGCGUGCGUUUGGGACACGUGUGUGUUUACGUAUACGUGCAUGUGUGUGACUAAGAAUGCGUGGCCCCCGUUGAGUGUGCUCAUGUGAACCAUGAGCGAGUGUAUCUAUGCAUGCAUGUGUGUAGUAGUGUGCGUAUGCCUCCGUUUGGGGGGGGUGUAUGUGUGUGAGCGUUCCUGUGAAAAAAAAGAUCAAUGUCCAAACAAGGCAUUCCUACUGACAGUUUGUCCAGUUUUACAGCAUAAAAAUAAAGGUACAAAAUAAAAAUAAAAAACGAAAAAAAAAAUCACUAGAAUGAUUGUUGAGACAGCAGACAAAUCUAUAAAUACAUGAACAUAAAUAUAAAUAUAUAAUUAUAUAGAUAUAUAAUUUUUAUGUGCUGAUGUCGAUGUCACUAAUUGCAACAAAUGUUCGCCGAAAAAAACAAUUCUGUUGUGUAAAACAGGACUCUUGUUCACUUGAUCCAAACCGUAAAAAUGCUGAUACCCCCCCCACACACACCCUCCACCGUUUACACACACACACACCCACACACACACACAUGCACCUCUACAGUCUAAUCGAGACAAAACAGAAGUUUCACCUGAAGAUGCGCUGGCUCGAGUUGUGUGUUAUCGUGUGUCCAUGCUUCUUAGAUGAACCUGCUGAGUGAGGACCGUACUUGAAACAGAAGGGGAAAAAAAAAAAAGAAAUAAAAGACUCUUUUCAAAAA